CGACGCAAUGCAUCAAACAACCAAUUUCAUCAGUUUUUCAAAAACGAUCGACAUGGCUGAUAAAGAAACAAAGAGAGAUGAGUCGCCCCGUUCUUAUGCGGAGGCGGCGGGCGGGGUGGCGGCCCCCCCCGGCCCGUCCCGGGAGCCGGCACGGCAAAACGAGGAUGUAAUGCGGGAGUUGGUGGCGCUGAGGGCUGCGGUGGCCCAGCUGCAACGGCAGCAGCAGCUGCAGCCGCCGCAGCCCGCCGCGAACGCGGCCCCGGAGGAGGAGGCGAGCCAGGCGGCGGAGGCGGCGGAGGCGGCGGAGGCGGCGGAGGCGGCCCAGCCGGUGCAGGCAGCGGACCCCGGCGGACCAGCGCGGCCGCGCAAGAAUCGUCGGAACCGCCGCCGCCGGGGGGGAAAUCGGGCGCCCGCCAUCUACCACUAUUACUACCGUUAGUAAUAUUGGUAGAUGGCGGGCCGGCGACGCUGCCCCCUAUUAAUAAAUAAAUAUAUUUAAAAAAA